AUGUCCAACAGCAGCUCCAUGACUGAUUUCUUCCUCCUGGCAUUCGCAGAGACGUGGGAGAUGCAGCUCUUGCACUUGGGGCUCUUCAUGGGCAUUUACCUGGCUGCCCUCCUGGGCAACGUCCUCAUCAUCACUUCCAUAUUCUGCAACCACAACCUCCACACCCCCAUGUACUUCUUCCUACUCAACUUCUCUCUUCUCGAUCUUGGCUGCAUCUCCACCAUUGUCCCCAAAGCCAUGGCCAGUUUCCUCUGGGACACCAGGGCCAUUACCUCCCCCGGAUGUGCUGCACAGGUCUUUUUCUUUCUCUUCUUGAUCACAGUAGAGUGUGAAACCUGCAAACCCCUGCACUACGGGACCCUGCUGGGCAGCAGAGCUUCUUGUGUCCGCAUGGCAGCAGCUGCCUGGGGCAAUGGGUUUCUCCAUGCUGUGCUGCACACUGCCAAUACACUUUCACUACCACUCUGCCAAAGCAAUGCUGUGGACCAGUUCUUCUGUGACCCCCAGGUCCUCAAGCUCUCCUGCUCAGAUUCAGACUACUGA